GAGCCACCGUCCCAUGAUGCACCGCGGCGCCUGAGAAGAAUCGCCAGUCAUCUUCAGCGCUAGUUUCCAGCGGCGUGAAUUCACCAGCGUCUUGUUUACAUGCGUGUUCUUCACUGUACGACAUCGAGCUCCAGCAUCUGAGCGGCAGCAUGAAAGAAGCGACGGCAAAGAGACGCGAGAAAGCCCGCGCGGAGAAAGAGAAGAGCGGCGCGGAGAAAGAGAAGAGCGGCGCGGAGCCGCGGGACGGAGACCAGCACAAACUCACGAACAACACACAAAACAUCAUAUAUCAUCAUAUAUCAUCAUAUAUCAUAGAUCAUACAUCACCUCACAUCAUAUAUCAUCAUAUAUCAUCAUAUAUCAUCAUAUAUCAUAGAUCAUACAUCACCUCACAUCAUAUAUCAUCAUAUAUCACGCUCAGGGGCAGCCUCAAACUGGCCAGAUGUGCUGCAGUUCCUCUUCUCACCACAGCUUCACAGUUGUGUGUGUCUGCUGCAGAUAUCCGGGAGCACGUGAAGCAGAUCGAGAAGGCCGUGCAGGGGAAGGAGCCGCGCUUCGUCCUCCGUGCCCUGCGAGCUCUGCCCUCCACCAGCCGCCGUCUCAAUCACAAUGUGCUGCAGAAAGCCGUGUCCGGCUUCUUCACGUCCAACGCUGCCAGCAAAGAGUUCCUGCUGGGCUUCCUGGACGAGCUGGUGGAGAGGGAAGGAGACGUGCAGUUCAGGCCGCGCACGGGGAAGGCUGCGGCGACGCCACUCAUCCCAGAGGUGGAGGCCUAUCUGCAGCUGCUGCUGGUGGUCUACCUCACCAACAACAAACACUACGACAAGGCCCAGAGAGUCUCUGAUGACCUGCUUCAGAAGAUCGGCUCUCAGAACCGCAGGGCUUUGGACUUGGUGGCUGCCAAGUGUUAUUACUAUCACUCGCGCGUGUACGAGUUCCUGAACCAGCUGGAUGUGGUGCGCAGUUUCCUGCACACGCGCUUGAGGACGGCUACGCUGCGGCAUGACGCCGACGGCCAGGCCACGCUGCUCAACCUGCUGCUGCGCAACUACCUGCAGUACAAUCUGUACGACCAGGCGGAGAAACUGGUGUCCAAGUCUGUGUUCCCCGAGCUGGCCAACAACAACGAGUGGGCGCGCUAUCUCUACUACACCGGGCGGAUCAAGGCCAUCCAGCUGGAGUAUUCAGAGGCGAGGAGGACCCUGACGAACGCCCUGCGUAAAGCGCCUCAGCACACGGCCGUGGGCUUCAAGCAGACGGUGCACAAGCUGCUGAUCGUGGUGGAGCUGCUGCUGGGGGAGAUCCCUGACCGCCUGCAGUUCCGCCAGCCGUCUCUCAAGAGGUCGCUCUUGCCCUACUUCCUGCUGACACAGGCCGUGAGAGCUGGAAAUCUGGCCACGUUUAACCAGGCGCUGGAUCAGUUUGGAGAGAAGUUUCAGGCCGACGGCACCUACACGCUGAUCAUCCGUCUGAGACACAACGUCAUCAAGACCGGGGUGAGGAUGAUCAGCCUGUCGUACUCACGCAUCUCUCUGGCUGACAUCGCACAGAAGCUGCAGCUGGACAGUCCUGAAGACGCAGAGUUCAUCGUGGCCAAGGCCAUCCGUGACGGUGUGAUCGAGGCCAGUAUAAACCACGAGAAAGGGUACGUCCAGUCGAAAGAGACCAUGGACAUUUACAGCACGCGCGAGCCUCAGCUGGCCUUCCACCAGCGCAUCUCCUUCUGUCUGGACAUACACAACAUGUCCGUCAAGGCCAUGAGAUUUCCACCGAAGGCCUACAACAAGGACCUGGAGUCUGCCGAGGAGAGAAGAGAGCGAGAGCAGCAGGAUCUGGAGUUCGCUAAAGAGAUGGCAGAAGAUGAUGAGGAUAGUUUCCCAUGAGUCUGCACUCUCACAUCUCUUGUUUUUUUCUUCUUGUAUGUUAUUCUGUUGGUCUUUCUUCUUUGGAUUAUUGCCCAUCUGUUCCUCCCAGGUUUGCUCUUAUUAUAAUCCAUGAACACACUGUGUGAUGUAACAUUAUAAACAUCCUCACAAAUUC